AUGCCCACAUUGUGUGCCGUAUACAAUUGCGGUAAUAAUGCUACUCGUGAUAGUAAAAAGAGAUUCUUCAGAAUUCCGAAAAUCGUUAAAAACGGCGACAAAAGAGAUGAAGACUUGUCAAGAGAACGCCGCGCGCUUUGGCUUAAAAACAUCAAUCGAAAAGACUUGACAGACGAAAAAGUUAAUUACACACGCGUUUGUGGUGACAACUUCAUAUCUGGACAGCCUACGUCCUUUCGCGCCAGAACGGAUCCCGACUGGGCUCCGACUCAUAAACUAGGACAUGGCCAGAUCCAGGAAAAGGAUAUUGAUAUGGCAGUUUCCAGAAGUAAAAGAAUAACAGAAAGAUCGGCAAAGAAAGCCCGAAUUGAAGCUGCGCAAACUUUGGCUAGUUUGGAGAGCUCYGCACAAGAACAGCAUGCAGCGGCAACAUUGCCAGACGUACCAGAGUCAAGUGGAAUUGAGCCUGAAACCCUUGCAGAGACCCAGGAAGAGUCAGGAGUUAGUUGUCAGACAGAACUCACUGUGACAGAAGUUAGUUGUCAGACAGAACUCACUGUGUUACAARUACUACAACUGGAGCAGUGCAACCGAGACAUGACUUGCGAAUUACUGGAACUAAAGAAAAAAUUGUUGRAAACUGAUUUAACUGAAAGCAGUUUUCAGAGUAAUGAAGAAAAAACUAAGUUCUAUACUGGACUUCCAAGUUUCUUGGUGUUACAACAAAUAUUGUCAUUAUGUGGCAAAUUUAUCUAUUCAAGCUCUGUUAAUUCACUCACAAAGUUUCAAGAACUGAUAUUAGUACUUAUGCGCCUACGCCUGAACAUGGCUUUUGAAGACCUGAGUUAUAGAUUUGGAGUGUCUAGAUCUACAGCAUGUAGAGUGUUUGACAAAUGGAUUGAUGUGUUGGAUUGUGUUGGUUAG